CAGCGGCAAUUUAAUGAAAAAUUUUAGACUAGUAGCAAAAUUUUUGGUUGUGCGUGCAGAGUGUAAUGUAGUUGUUUUAAAGUGAAAAAAAUAUUGUUAAUACUGCAAGGUGUAAAACAUAAAAAAAUUCGCGCUACAUCCAAAGAUUUCAGCAAUUUUAAGUAGUGGUAAUCAAACAAAUACGCAUAGCGUACAAAAAUAUACAAGCGUUGCCGCAGUAGCGUAGGAAAAAUAUAUACGUAUAUUCUACAGAGGCGCCUCUACCAAGAGGGCACCAGCAACUUCAACUAUUAUUUUAUUAGGGGAUGCCUGGCUGCUAGUGGCGGCAGUGCGAUAAUAACCGACCAUGCGAGCAGCUACUUUGUUGUAAAGAUUCUAAUUAAUAUUUUAAAGUGUUCAUGUAAACAUCGGCACAUUUUUUGGGGAAAAAACUAAAAUACACAAACAACAUACAACACAUACAAAGACCAAUUGAACCGAUUACCUGCUGCUGAAUUGUAUUAGCAGUAUUAUGGGGCCGGUUACAGAGUCACAAAAACAACAAGAUGACUAUAUGCAAAAAGUCAAUGAAAUGCAAAAAUUGUUGCCCUACUUGGAACAACGUAUUACAAAUACAAUUUUACUAGAAGAUAACACCGAAGAACUACAGAAACUGAAAAUACUACAGCGAUUAUUAUGUGGACAAGCAGCUCUAGAUGACAGUUUGACACCUGAAGAGCUGGAUAAAUAUGCGGCAUUACUACAAAACGAUAUAACAAAGACAUUGGCGCCGACAACGACGCCGGCGCUGAUGCCGACAGCGCUGGUUGAUAGUAACAAUCAUGAUGAUAUUCAUAAUGAUAAGUGCAGCACUUUGAGUAAAACAGCGGAGUGUGAGAAUGCAAAUGAAAGCAAUAAGGAUGGUAAGGAAAGUCUGGAGACUGCAAAGCACACUAGUUCCAAUACAACUACAAGUGUAGUUGAAAUUAAAACGCCAAUAUCGGAAGAAAAUAUAAUUAAAUCCCAGGAUAAAUGUAGCAAAAUUAAUGAAGCAACCGGUAACGAAUUUAAAAGUGCCGAAGCCUUUGAUACAGUUAACAAAAAUAUUGAAAAUACUGAUGAAACCUUACAAGACAAAAAUAAUAGUAUACAAUUAAACAUUUGUAACAAAGACGCUGCAGAACAAGAGGUGUUAAUAAAGAUAAAUGCGUCAGAAAAUAUUGGUUUGCGAAACGAUCAGGACAAAUCGGAUGCAACUGACGAAUGCACAUUAGUUAAUAAGAAGAAAAAUGCAGCUUUGAAUUCUAAAGCUAGCACUCAAUUGGAGAAUGCCGAUGAAGGUAAAGAAAUCGUUGAACAAAACGUAGCUUUGAAUUCUAAAGUUAGCACUGAAUUAGAGAAUGUCGAUGAAGUUAAGGAAAUCGUUGAGCAAACUGAAGAAAAACAAACUCAAAUUGAAGACAGCAAAAUUACAACGGAAGAUGCUGAAGAGUUAGAAUAUGAAGGUGUUGAGUUGAUCAAAAUUCCGGAAGAAACUGUAGAAGAUGAAAUGAUUUUACCAGAUUCAGUGGAUGAAGGCGAUUAUGUGGUACACAGCAGUGAUGACGAGGAAGAUAAGGAAAGUAAGGAAAAGGAAGAUGAUGAAGAAGAUCUUAUCAACUGUGGUGAAAAAAACAAAAGCGAAGCUAACAAAACGUGCGUUGAAAACAGUGCGAAAUUAGUAGGUAAUCGAGUAAACGAAAACGAGGAAGAAACAAUACAAGUUGACGCAAGUAAACGAAAUGUUAGUGAAUGUUCCCAGGAGCCAAGUGAAAAUGAUAACGAAUAUAGUACAUCUGAAGAAGCGCGUGCUGCAGGCCAACCAGAGGUUGUGGAAAGCAGCGAUACGCUCACAUGCAGCAUAGAGGAGAAUAAUUCUGCACAUGUAGAAUUCGCUAUCGAAAUGCAUACACAGACUGAUAAUGCGCCAGAAUUUGAAGAAACAACACAUAUUGCUGAUCCACUUGGUCAAUAUGACAGCACGCUAGUAGCCGCGAGAGAGUCUACUGUAAAUAGUGUAGAAGAUGGGCAAAAACUUUCGACAGACACUAAUGAUGAUGACGAUGUGGAAAUCAUUGAAUCGCGUAAUUCGCCUAUUUGUUUGGAUACUGACGAUGAAGAUGAAUCGGAUGGCGUUAAGACGCCUGUCGACCCAACUGCCAUUACAACUAUUACGCAGUCGUCUACUGUCAACAAAAAUGUUUGCAAAGAAAAACGCAUUCAAGAAACCAACGCCAGUGCAUUAUUGGCUACAACAAGCAUUGUUAAAACAACUAAAUCUAUUACAGAGACAAUAAAUCUGCUCGACAGUUCUGAUGAGGAUGAAGUCAGCAGCAAGAACACAAAACAUUCUAACAAUCGUUGUAACAACGCAGCAACUGGCAGCAGGGCAUUGCUAAAAAUACCAGCUGUUACAAUGGGCAAAAAACGCACAUUGUUACCGACGUCGCAUGCUCCCAAAUCAGUAAAAUUUAGUCAAGUUUCAACUCGUAUUUCAACAACGCCUGUUGGUCGGGUAUUGCCAACCAAGUCAGCCACUUCCGGUGGUGUUAACCAAAAAACUCCCAGAAGUGUUUUACAUCUUCCACCUACCAGUUUCAAGCCGACACCACAGUCAAACUUCUUGAAUGCAGUAAAUUUACUGCCGGCCGCUGCCACCACAGGCGAUAAUCCACUCGCCUUCGCCGCGACACUUUCAAACAAAAAUAUUAUCAUACCGAAUGCGUUCUAUGCCAACCGACGCACCACCAACUCCAAUGAGUUGGAGGAGGACGCAACCACACAACCUUCUUCAUCCACACACUCGCUGAGGUCACCAUUAGCGAUUACACAGCAACAAGGCCGACGUGUAUAUCGUGACUGGUUAGAAGAAUUCAUCGACAAUUUCGCGGAUCCGCAGCAGAUCGUUUCACACUCGUGCUUGGUGCUGCUGCAGAGUGCGCUCAAAUACCGGGCAUUCCUGCGCAUCAAGGACCUGCGUAUUGCGCUCAAUAUUAAAGCCUGCACAUCCAAUGGCACUGCCGAUGUGCAGCUUAGACGUGAAUUGUACAAUUCGUUCUUCUUGAAUGACUGCCGAUUGUCGGGCGAAGGCAUGCGUUUUUGCACCGACGCCUGCACACAAAUUGGUAACAAUGUUACAUUGAUGACAGAUGCGCGUACCGGCCGUAUCACGAUGCGCACGAGUACAUAUGAAGAGCUGGUUGCUAAAUAUGGCGGCACCAAUGAUAUCAUUGAUGAUAAGAAGAAACGAAAUAAAAUCGAUAAGGAAUACACACCGGCCAAAUACUACGAGAAAAAGGUGGAGGAAAGUAAUGUGGGGCAGGGGGAACGGCGCAAGUCCUUGCGACAACACCGUACACGUUGUUACGAUGAAACCUUUUUGUAUGAGCCAGAGGAAGUGGAUGAUGACGAAACGCCUAGCGCUGAGAAGAAAGCUGCCACUGAUAAGCGAAGACAAGAUGAGCAGAUGAUGGCUUUGGUGCAACGUAAGGCAGAAGAGAAGCGGCUGGAAGCGAAGCGACAACGUGAACAACAAGUCAAAUCCUUUGAAAGUGCCUACUUAGAAAUGUUUGCCAAAUCAUUGUGUGGCAAAAAUGGAAAAACACCAACUGCCAUUACUAACAGUGUUGGUUCCACAAUAAAUCGCAGUAAAAAUGUUUUCACCGCUACCAUCGCCAAUAGUCAAAUCGUCAUCGAUGACGUUGAUGAGCAGAGCCUUGAAGAUGACGAACCACGUUCACAUCGCAUUUACAAAGUAGUGCCAACACGUUUGUUAGCCGCACCUAAGCGCGCUGAAAAAACCACAAUUGUCAUUGAGGAUGAGGACGAAGAUGCGCCACGACCGAAACGUGGACGACCGCGUAAGCAGGACCUCAGCAAUUUGAAAACGCAAGUAAAGCGCAACGAGCCAGAGUUGAUUACAUGCGACAGCACGUCUGGCGAUUCGACUAGCAUUGACGAUGAACUACUGCUGGAGCCGGAUGAAAAUGUGCCCAAGAACGUCAACGUCAAUUGGCAUGCCGGCAGUGAUUGGUGUAAAAUCUGUAAUAAACGCAUUCCACGCACCGUGUCACACUAUGUUAAUGAGCACCCGGAUUGUGAAGUCUUCAUUUCGCGUCUACCAAAAACCGCAUUGGCACGCUUGCGCAAACAGGGUGGACAAAUUUUGGAAAUGCGACCCUACAUGAACGGGCAGGAACAAUAUGCAGCGGAAUGUGUGUUUUGCAAUAAGACAUGCUGUUUCAAGAUACCAUAUUGGUAUCAGCAUUAUUCGAUGCACACAGGAGAAUACGCUUUUCGUUGCAGUGGCUGCAAUACACGGAAAACAACACGUUCAGCAAUGAUGGCACACAUAAAUCAACCUUGUCGAAAGCGUGGCAAACUACUCGAAGAUUAUAUAUACAAUGCGCGCGCUAGACAAAUUGAGAUGCGCGUCUGUAAGUUAUGUAAUUAUAUGCAGCUAAAUCGUCGCAAUGUAAUCAAACAUCUACGCACGCAACAUGGUCUAGCACAAAUGACGACAAAACAUAUCGAUAGUAUAAUCUUACUACGCCUGCCAGAGUCGACUGUAGACAGAGUGCAGGUGGCGAACGAGUUGAUGGAUCUAAGUAGCGGUGGUGAUGAGAGCAACAAUCAGAUGGCAAUGACUUUUAAUUACGACAAUUUCAAUGAAGUGGGUCAGGCAGGUUUAUGGGAUGACGGGGAUCCUACGGAUGACUUGUCUUAUAUGAUUUGCGGUAUGCUUGACGUGGAGCUGAAGAGUGGUGACGACUAAAUGCUGAGUGUUAACAACAUUAUUUUUUCAUACAAACACUUUUACGCGUACUGAUUUAUACAUAUGAAACCGUUGAGUUUUUCCAAUUGGAUUUUUUCACUUAACAAUUUUGUCUAAAUAAAUUCGUUUUUUAUUUUCAA